AUGACAAUAAUGGGAUCAACAUUUUCAAAACGUUUACAAUCAUUGAUUGAAUCAUUGCCAUUUUUUCAAACAUUACACAUAACAAUGGUUGGCCUUGAUUCAGCUGGUAAAACUACGGCAUUAUAUCGUCUGAAAUUUGGCCAAUACAUUAAUACAUUGCCAACUAUUGGUUUCAAUUGUGAAAAGAUUCGUAUUGAUUUUAAAAAAUCCAAGGGUGUUUCAUUCACAAUAUGGGAUAUUGGUGGCCAAGAUAAAUUACGACCAUUAUGGAUACCAUAUACACGUUGUACGGAUGGUAUUAUAUUUAUGGUCGAUUCGGUUGAUGAUGAUCGUUUUGAGGAAGCACGUAUUGAAUUGAUGCGUACAUUAAAAUUUCCACAAAAUGCACAAGUACCGGUAUUAAUAUUUGCCAAUAAACAUGAUUUACCAAAUUCAAAAAAUCCAGAUGAAAUAACACAAGCAUUAGGCCUAAAUGAUUUGAAUGGCAAACAUUUAUGGCAUAUACAAUCAUGUUGUUCAAUCACUGGUGAUGAUCUUGAAGAUGGUCUUGAACAUCUUUAUGAAAUGAUAAUUGAACGGCGUCGUAUGCAAAAAUUGAAUCCAAAUAAUCAUUUUCAUCAUGGAUCGAAUAAUAAAAGGAAAAGAUUAUAGAAAGCAAUGGUCCAACAAUAAUGAUUCCGGUUAACAACAAUUCACACCAACAUUGCGUUUGUUUAUUUGUUUGCUAUAAAAUCCUGAUCAUUUGAUGCCAAAAUUAUAUUCAAAUUAUUGACGAAGAAAAUAAUCAGCCACAUUAUCUUAUGUUUUUCUUUUUUUUCUUCCUAUUCCUAUUCCUAUCAAAAACAAACAACAACAAAUCAUUUAUUUACCUGUUUAUCCUUGGUUACCUAUUGGAAUUCUUUCUUUUUUUUUAAUUACUUACCUUUCACACACAUACACAAAAAAGUCUAACAAUUUUCUCCAUCCAAAUGGGCCAAUUUAUUUGUACAUUUCAAACACAAAAAUAUAAAAAUCU